CACGUGCUCUCCCGCUUCCGGUGCUGUAUCGGAGGUUGCUGUGUAAGGCUGUUGUGCGUCACCAUGGCGGUAGCCCAGAGCUUCUUGUUUGGAGGCCGUGUCCGCACCGCUGUCGCUCGCUGCAGCGGCUUCGCGACUCAGGGGGUGGCGGGCCUGGGACCCGUCGGCCGCGAGCCCGACCCCGAUUCCGACUGGGAGCCUGAGGAGCGUGAGCUGCAGGAGGUGGAGAGCACUCUGAAAAGACAGAAAAAAGCAAUCCGAUUCCAGAAAAUUCGAAGGCAAAUGGAGGCGCCAGGUGCCCCGCCCAGAACCCUAACACGGGAAGCCAUGGAGCAGAUCCGGUAUUUACAUAAGGAGUUAGCAGAGUCCUGGUCUGUUCCCAGAUUGGCAGAAGGCUUUGAUGUCAGCACCGAUGUUAUCCGAAGAGUUUUAAAAAGUAAGUUUGUACCCACUUUGGAACAGAAACUGAAGCAGGAUCAGAAGGUCCUUAAAAAGGCUGGGCUUACCCAAGUGGUCAGGCAGCUUCAGGGCUCUGGAGAUUCCUUGAAGCCACUCACUGCAGGCUACUCUCUAUCUGGCCCUUUGCUGAUGCCAGGGGAUGAAGCCUCAUCUAAAAGUCAAAAUCAGAACAAAGUUUUGAAAGUGGUAGAGUCAAAUACUCCCAGUACAAAUGCACAGAAGAGACAAAAGGGAAAGAAUCAAGGAAUCCAAGGCCGGACAGAGAGCUUGGUGCCUGCUGCUGCAGCCCUGGGUCCUCAGAGAGAGCUCCAGAAAUGUUCCACCAAUGAUUCUGAGGCCACCAGAAGAACUAACAAUGAUAGGUUGCCAUAUGUUGAGAAGCUGGAAGAUUUGAAGGCAGGGGAACAAGAUGACCAGAACUUUAGCAACAAAGUAGUACAGAGGGGGCAAGAGUUCUUGGACAGCAAUGGGAACUUCCUGUACAGAAUUUGAGCCUAGGCCUGGCUUGUGGAGAUGUUCUAUGAGUAGCUGGGCAAAUGUAUUGAAACUUACCAAGAUUUCUGCACAUGGAUUAGCCACUUCAGAAUUAGAAGUGUUGAGCCUGGAAUGUGGGCAGAAGAGCUACUUGGAUAAAUUCAAGCUUCCUGGACUGUUCCCCAUCUGACCCUUGUGGUGAUCCUUGUUACUAGGGCUCUCAGUUGAAAACCAUUGUUAUAUGUGUUGUGUUACUAGUUUCUGUGAUAACUGUGUUUGGGAAAUGAAAAUUUCCUCAUUUCCUUCUUGAUCACUAAACACCCAACAGUUUGUAAGCUGCUUACUCAAUUGGUUUUCCUUAUGUGCAAAAUAAAGUAAAAUAUAGCAGUCUC